UUGAGUAAACUUAAAAUAUCUCCCGAGAAUUUGCCACAGAGAUGUCAAAAUCUCCUUCAACAGGUUUCAGAGAGCCAAAUAAGUUUGGAAAUACAAAGUCUCGAUCCUACAUCCAUAGCUUUAAUACGAAAUAAGGAACUCACAGAGAAAAUAAAAGACGAAUACGAGAUAUUAAAACUUCAACAAAAAAACGCAGAAUUGCAAGUGAGUAUUGAUAGGAACAAAAAAUUCAUAGAUAACUUAAAACUGGAAUUAGAAAAUUCUAGAAAAUCUCUCGCAGAUCAGAAUCCGAAUCCAGCGAAUAUACAGGAUCAUAUCAAACAGUUGAAACAGAAAUUGGCGUCUUACGAAGACAGUUAUGAAAAGGCAAAUGCAAAAUACCACACUCUCUCACUGCCAGAUGCGAUUCUUCCCAAAGCAUUGUCAUCCCAAGUGACCACACUCACUGUACUCAAACAAGAAGAAUCUGUAUUGAAACAGCAAGCCGAUGAUCUGGCAUUAGUUGAAGAAGCAAGGGAAGUGUUUAGUAGAUUGAGAAAAUGA